AUGAGUAAACCCCUAGCAUUCGGCUUCAACGCCGCGAAAAAGACUACCUCAAAAGCCGCGCCCCCCAAGCGAAAACCCAUGUUUGGCGGCGACGAUGAUUCGGACAAUGAAGUACAAUCUGCGGGCGGCGUCACAACACAAGCUAUAGACGGAGAUCUUGACGACUUUGUGACCACCAGUCGCGAAGAUGUCCCUCAAGAUGCGCGCAAAUCGGCCAAGGCCAAAAACGGACCACCGUCGCAACCGCCGAAACUCAAGUCAAAGACUCAACAACCCAGCACAAUGUUCGGCGAUCUAUCGAGCAGUCUGACAUCGCGCAAGAAUGCCGAAGCAGCAGCCGACCUCGACUCCAGCGUCUACGAAUACGACAAAGUCUACGAAUCUCUCAAACCGAAGAAGCACACCACCAAAGAAGACAAGGAAAGGAAACCAAAGUACAUGCGCGGGCUCAUGGAGGCGGCCGACGUGCGCAAGAGAGAUCAGCUGAUCGCGGAGGAGAAGAAGAUUGCACGCGAACGAGAAGAAGAAGGCGACGAAUAUGCCGACAAGGAGAAAUUUGUGACGGAGGCAUACAAGCGCCAGCAAGAGGAGAACAAGAAGUUGCAGGAGGAGGAGAAACGGAAGGAAGAGGAGGAGGCCAAGAAGAACCAGGCCGGCGGAAUGUCAGGCUUCUACAAGAAUCUCCUGAACAAGACUGAGGAAAGGCACUCGGAAGCAGUCAAAGCCGCAGAAGAAAUGGGCAAGGAUGGCGCAGCAACGGUCCAGGACGAUGAGGAAACGGAGGACGCCCGAGAAGAAGCUAAGCGCCUGGAGGCGCUCAAGGAGAAGGGCACUGAUAUCGCCGUGAACGAGGAUGGCCAGGUGGUCGACAAGCGACAGCUGCUCAAGGGAGGCCUGAACUUGGGCGCCAAGAAGACAUCAGCACCGUCCAAGGAGGAUCUCCCAGCAGAGAGGCAACGGCCAGCCAUGACAGAGCACCAGAUAGGCAACCGACAGGCGAGGCGAGAGCGGCAGUCACGGAUGCUGGCUGAACAACUGGAAGCGUCGAUGAAGCGCUCCCGAGCAGAAGCCGAGGCGCAACAGGAAGAAGUCGAGAGGGCAGCGAAGAGUCGCAAGACCGAGGGCGAGAUCUCCAGCGCGAAGGAGAGGUACCUCGCCAGAAAGCGCGCAGCCGAAGAGGCCAAGAAGUCAGGGGAUAGCACUGCAUAG